AUGGCUAUGCUUCCACCUCGGAAAACGAAGACCGUGUCAACUGAAAAAAGUUGUAAACAUUCAAUGACGCCCCUUCAAACCCUUUUACAAAUGGGGUUCCCCCAAAAUCGAACAGAAAAAGCAUUAGCAGCUACCGGCAAUCGAGGAGUCCAAUUAGCUGCUGAUUGGCUCUUGGCUCAUGUCAAUGAUACUUCUUUAGAUUCCAGCACUAGUAGAGAGUAUAUCAUCUAUGCCUGUCCAAGUGGGUCAUUAAUGUAUGAGUUAAGGGAAUUUUGGAAUAAAUCAGCUAAUAAGUGUGGACGUAAUGGAGCUCAUAAUUUUUUGCCACAUAUUACUCUAGUAUCAUUUUUUCAGGUACCUGAUGAAUAUGCUAAUACACUGGUAUCUAUACUAAAAAAUGUUUUAGAUGAGGUCAUUAAAGAAAUGACAGUCAAUGACUUUCAUUUAGAAACUUACACUUCUUCAAAUUUUAUGGGUUUUUUUUUAUCUGAUCAAGGAUCAAGCUUUUUAAAAAAAAUUGCUGUACUAUAUUCAGAAAGAAUCACAGAUCUUGUUGGAGUUCAAGUAGAUCCUCAUUUAAAAUCUUUACAUUUAACUUUGGCCUAUCAAUUUGAUGUAAGCCAAAAAGAAACUUUGAAAUCAUUAAUCAAGUCCACAAUAAAUCCAUCAACUCCAUGUUUAUGGGAACUUAAGUUAUAUUCUAGAGAACCAUUAGCUGCUUAUAAACAGGUAUAUAAGGUUGUGUACGCACACGUCCCACAAGCUGCUGAUGAACUAGAACUAAGAAUAGGUGAUUAUAUAUAUGUAUCUAAAGAAAGCAUAGAUAACUCUGUUGAUGGUUGGGCUGAAGGAAUGUCAUGGUUAACUGGAUGUAAUGGUUACUUUCCGCUAUGCUACACUGAACGUACUGCUGAAUCUGAUACAUGGACUCUACAUUGUUCAUUACCCUUAGAUGGUAGUUAUCAUGAAUCUAGUGAAGUUAAUGAUACAAAUAUGACUGAAGAAAAACUUGUUGAAAAAUAUGGCAUUAGUUUUGUUCCAGCUGAUUAUACACCACAUUCAGAAUCUCCCAAAGGUCCCAAAUCUCAAAAAAUAUAUAUAUGUCGACAUGGAGAAAGAGUAGAUUUCACUUUUGGAACUUGGGUACCCUAUAGUUUUGAUUCCGAUGGAAAAUAUGUCAGAAAAGAUUUAAACAUGCCCCCAAAUAUUCCUCAACGGCGGGAUUUUCCAAACUCUUAUCAAACCGAUACUCCUCUCACUUGUGUUGGUGAAUAUCAAGCUAAAUUAACUGGAUGGGGUAUGAAAGCUGCUCACUCAACCAAAUCAAUCCAACAUGUUUUUUGUUCACCAUCAUUACGCUGUGUACAAACUUGCCAUAAUAUCUUAGUUGGUCUUGAUAUUGAUAAACAAGUUUCAAUUUGUAUUGAACCCGGUAUAUUUGAAUGGCUUGGUUGGUAUAAUCAGUCUGGGCUACCUGAUUGGAUGAGUAAUGAAGAGUUAAUAGCUGCAGGUUUUAAUAUUAAUUCCAAGUAUGAAGCUUUAGUAUCAUUACUAUUUCUAACUGAAAAUAUGUCUGAAACAGUUGAACAGUAUUAUAUUAGAUGUGAUGAAGUAAUACAAAAUUUAAUCAAAGCAACUGAACCCAAAGGUGGUGAUAUAUUGCUGGUAGGUCAUGCUUGUUCGUUGGACUCUUUUUCAAGAUCAUUACUUCAUAAAUCUCCACGUACUAAACAAAAUUUUGUAAAAAUGGUUAAGGACAUCCCUUAUUGUGGCCUAGUAACUUUAAUGACUGAUGGAAUUAAUGAUUGGACAUUUGUCGAUCCUCCAGUUCCACCAUUAACUAACUCUAUUAAUAAAAGAUUUAAUUGGAAAGUUUUAACCACAGACAUUGAUGUCUCCCCGAAUUAAGCAAUCAUUGACUGCCAUGUGACCGCCAGAGGUCUUCUGUAAUUUUCAAAUUUUAUACUUUUCUGGCUGCCGGCACAUAUACUCGAUCAUUACUACUACGCCACAUGAUUGUCGGUGACCUUAAACGAAUAUAGUUCUAUAACUUCAAUAGUCUAUAAAAACCUGGAAUGACAUAAAAAAUAUGCUUGGCGUGUCAAAAGUAAAUAUUGUGUGACUGAUGCGUUGCAUGGCAGUUAAGUUAAACCUAAAUCUAGUAUGACCUCAUAAAAACAAAAUAACUUUAUUUAAAAUUACGAUUUUCAAAAAACACACUUAUUCUAACUUAAAAAAAUAAUGACAGUUGAUUUGGUAGGUUUACAAUAAAUAUGUUUAUUUUUAGUUACAUAGGUUGUUAACAAGGCUGGGCAUUAAUGAGUUAAAAAGUUAAAAAGUAAUUCUUAACUAAGUUACAUAAUGUGUUGAUUUUCAUUGAAAGCAAUUUCUAACUUCCAACCUCUACAUUAUUUUGAAUAAUAUGCAGUAGCUAAUCUGUUAAUUAAUUUACCUUGUACAUUAAGUAAAUUUUUCUCAAUACAAAACCAAUACUUAAAUUAUUUUGUUUAUUUUGUAAUUACAAUAGUGUAUGAAUUUUGGUAAAUACUUUUGUAAACUGUCAGUGUUGGUAAAUACUUUUGUAAACUGUCAGUGUUGGUAAAUACUUUUGUAAACUGUCAGUGUUAAAUGUACCAUUUCUGGAUUUCAUAGGGAUCAAAGUAACAUAAAUUCAAUGUUUUAUAAAAAAAACUCAAAUUAAUUAAUUUCAAAUAUCUCUACAAUUACCCUAACGUAAAAUCUUGUAGAUGCCUCUCAUAAAAAUCAAAUUAAAUGAUCAAUAACUUCUUUAUUAUUAUUAUUAUUAUUUAUUAUUAUUUAUUUACAUUAUACGAUGCCCUUAUUGUUUUUGUCAUAAAUUAUAAAUUCAGUAAAAAGUCUGUAUUUAUAUUUAUAUUUUAUAUUUAUAAUCUAUACCAAAGCAUAAUAAUCACACUCUAUAAAAAUUAAGUUACAAUUUUUUAUUUAAAUAAGAACUUUUACUCAUUAAAAAUAAAAGAAACUAAACUUUCAAAAAAUUAGGUUACUUAUCCAGUCUUAGUUGUUAAUUGUAUGGUUAUUUGAAACAAUUUACUUGGUAUCGUAAAGUUUACAUUCCUCGAUUUUAUAUCUUAUCCUAUGUAAAAAGGAUUACCGAAUAGACAAAAAA